AUGGCCCCCAAACCCGCUUCCACUGCCGGCAAGGCCCCUGCUUCCACCGCCUCGAAGGCACCAGCCAAAUCUACCGAAGGCGCGAAGGCAGCUAAGAAGACCUCCAAGGCUGCAGCGCCUGCCGAUGGCGAGAAGAAGAAGAGAAAGAAGGUCAGAAAGGAGACUUAUUCCUCCUACAUCUACAAGGUCCUCAAGCAGGUCCACCCCGACACUGGUAUCUCCAACAAGGCGAUGGCCAUCCUCAACUCCUUCGUGAACGAUAUCUUCGAACGAAUUGCCACCGAGGCUUCCAAACUUGCCGCCUACUCUAAGAAGUCCACCAUCUCCUCCCGCGAAAUCCAAACAUCAGUACGACUCAUCCUGCCUGGUGAACUUGCCAAGCACGCCAUUUCCGAGGGUACCAAAUCAGUAACGAAGUUCUCGUCAGCAGGUGCCAAGUAA